GAACGAUCAGCAGCCGUUGCCAACCGUCAGACGCAAGCGCGUUCGUAGUCUACGAACUCGAACUGUUAACUGCGCAGCGCUAACUGUUAACUGCGGAUGCGUCUGAUGGUUGGCAACCGUUGCUGAUCGAUUGGAUCGUACUACGAACAAACCUAUUGUUUUGCUUUUGCCUGCGUGCAUUCUUGUUCAUUAAUCAUUAAUUUGUUAGUUUAUUGUUCAUUUUGUAUUUUUUAUACCUACUACAUUGUAAACACAGCACAUGCACAUCCCCCCUUAUUAAUUAUUUAUCUGUGAUUGUAAAUACUGCAGGAAUAGGGAAUGUUAAGGUGGAAAAGUGGAGAACAUUCACAGCAGUUAAAAUAAUUAUUGUUUAUGAUAUUUUAUACAAUAAAUAUGUAAAUCGGAUCACCAUCUGGAUUUCAAAUAAACACCGUAUUGUACUGGGACCACUACCAGGUGUUUUAUUAUCAUUGAAUCAAUGUACUAAAUAAUUCUGUAUAUUUCAAAUAUAUUCAUUCAGUUUAUAUGUCAGCUAUGGAUUUUAAAGUUGAAAUUAAGGAUGAGCCUGUCGAAUAUAUCCAAAAGGAUACAGAGAGCCAGCUAUCCACAUCCAUAGAUCUGGAAAACUUCAAAAAUGAAAAAGAAGAUAAAUCAGAAAUGGGACUAAACGCUGAAAUCAAGGAAGAGUUUUCAGACAGUUGUCAAGUAUAUACAAAGGAUCAGCUGUUUACAUCGCCAGAUCUUAAAGACUUGGUUAAUGAAGCAGAUGAAGAUAACUCAGGAUUUUCUCAGAACGUAAUGGAAAACAUGAAAACUGAACUUACAUGCACUACAGAACAACAAAUAAGCGCAAACACUGAAGAAAAAACAUCAAAAAAUUCUAUUUGUGAAUGUAAAAUUUGUUUUAAGCAAUUUAGUCAAGCAGGUUCUUUGAAACUACAUAUAAAAACGCACAGUGCAAAAAAAAAUUUUUACAAGUGCAAAAUUUGUUUUAAGCAGUUUUCUCAAAAAUAUAAUUUAAAGAGUCAUUUAAGAUUGCACACUGGAGAAACUCCUUAUACGUGUGAAAUUUGUUUUAAAACAUUUACUCGAGCAAACCUUUUGAAAUUACAUUUGAGAGUGCACAUUAAAGAAACACCUUACAAGUGUGAAAUUUGUUUUAAGCAAUUUAUUAAUUUGAGUAAUUUGAACAGACAUAUGAAAGUUCACAUUGGAGAAACGCCCUAUAUGUGUGAAAUUUGUUUUAAACAGCUUACUACAAAAAGUAGUUUAAAAGUACAUUUAAGAUUGCACACUGGAGAAACUCCUUAUAAGUGUGAAAUUUGUUUUAAAAAAUUUACUCAAGCAAUCCUUUUGAAAUUACAUUUGAGAGUGCACAGUAAAGAAACACCUUAUAAGUGUGAAAUUUGUUUUAAGCAGUUUUCUCAAAAAGGUAAUCUGAAUACACAUUUCAGAUUGCACACUGGAGAAACGCCUUUCAAGUGUGAACUUUGUUUUAAGCAGUUUUCUCAGAGAGGUCAAUUAAAUGUUCAUUUGAGAGUGCACACCGGAGAAAAACCUCACAAGUGUGAAAUUUGUCUUAAACAGUUUAGUCAAGCAAAGAAUUUGAAAUUACAUUUGAGAGUGCACACUGGAGAAAAACCUUAUAAGUGUGAAAUUUGUUUUAAGGAGUUUUCUCAGAAAAAUUGUUUAAAUGAUCAUUUAAGAUUGCACACUGGAGAAACGCCUUACAAGUGUGAAAUUUGUUUUAAGCAGUUUAGUCGAGCAUACGUUUUGAAAAAUCAUUUGAGAGUACACACUGGAGAAAAGCCUUAUAAGUGUGAAAUUUGUCUUAAGCAGUUUUCUCAGAAACAUCAUUUAAAUGUUCAUUUGAGAGUGCACACUAGAGAAAAGCCUUCUUCCUUUUAAGUGCCUUCUCGAUUGAGGUUGGCAAAUUUCUCUGUGUUCUGUGCUUGUAUCUUAAAAAGUAAUUGUAGAAUUAUCUUCUUCUUCCUGCUUCCUUAAUAGGCGUUCCAUCUUCGGGUGCCUCCUCAUCAGAUAUCCAGGUUGUCAGUCCAUCUCUUCCUUGGCCCCCCUAUACUCCUUCGGUCGUUUGGUGAUCUAUCUCGUGCUAUCUUUACGAGUCUUUCUUCUCCCAUUCUGCUUAUAUGGCUAUACCAUUCUUUUUUCUCUUCAGUGUCCAGUCAUUUAUAUUCUCUAUAUUAAAGUUUUUCCUGAGGGCUGUGCUACGUUGUCUAUCCCAAAAUGAUUUUCCUGUGAUAUCUCGGACUAUUUUCAUUUCACACGUUUCCAUCAGCCUUUUUGUCCUUGUGUUGUCAGGUCUUGUUUCCGCAGUGUAAGUCAUAAUUGGCCUAACUCAUCAUCAUCAAUGGUGCUACAGCCCUAUGAAAGAGCCUCGACCUUCCCAAGUCUAUUACGCCAGUCAGUCCUAUCCAUUGCCAACCGUUGCCAGUUUGCUGCGCCUAUUUUUCUGCCAUCCUCAUCUACACCAUCCUUCCAUCUAAGUUUUGGCCUACCCCUAUUUCUACUUCCCACAGGUUGUGACAUAAGGAUUCUUCUAGGAGGGUUGUUAUGCUGUGAUCUUGCUGUCCUGUCCAUCUUAGUCUUCCUAUUCCUUAUAACAAAUACUACGUCUUUACCACCAAAUAUAUGUUUAUAUCUGUGGUAUACCUCGUAGUUGUACCUCCUCAUCCAAAUACCAUUUUCACAGAUGCCACCGAAUAUGCCUCUCGGGAUCCUUCGUUCAAAUAUAAGCAGAAGGUUUUCAUCUGUCUUGGAGAUGGUCCAUGUCUCUGAUCCAUAUGUCAACACUGGUUUUAUAAGGGUUUUGUAUAUGGUUAUUUUUGUUUUUUGGCUUAAGUUUCUGCUUCUCAUAUGUCUACUCAGUCCAAAAUAGCAUUUGUUCGCUAAGAUUAUCCUUCGCUUGAUUUCUUCCGUCAUGACGUUCUCCUUGGUAAUCAGGGAGCCUAAGUAUGUGAAUUUGUCCACCACUUCAAAGGUAGAGUUAUCAACAGAGAAUUGGUGACCGAUGUUUCUGGCUCUAUUGUUGGGUGUUGAUGCCAUAAUCUUAGUUUUCUCCUCGUUUACUUUCAGGCCCAUAUUUUUUGAGGCAUUUGAGAAGGUGGUAUACAUUUCUUCUAGUUUGCGUGUUGUGCGGGCAACUAGGUCCACGUCAUCGGCAUAUGCCAAAAUUUGGGAUGAUUUAUUAAAAAUAUUUCCUCUGUUGUCUAUUCAGGCAUCUCUAACCGCCUUUUCCGGAGCUAUGUUGAAGAGGAGACACGCCAGCGCAUCUCCCUGUCGCAGACCAACAUUCGUUUCAAACGCCUGUGAUUGUUCGCCCUGUAUUUCGACUUUGCAAACAACUUUACUCAUUGUAGCCUUAACCAAUCUUAUCACUUUGUCAGGGAUGUGAAAUUCAUCCAUGGCUUCAUACAAUUUAUUUCUUAGGACACUAUCAUAGGACGAUUUAAAAUCUACGAAAAGAUGGUAUGUGUCGAUAUUGAAUUCAUUGGUUUUUUUCAGUAUUUGCCUUAACACAAAGAUCUGGUCUGUUGUUGAUCGACCAGGCCUAAAACCACUUUGGUAUUCUCCAAGAAGCUCCUCUGAAUGUGCACUUAGGCGACCAUAUAAGAUGCUUGAAAAUAUUUUGUAAGCUGUAUUAAGGAGGGUUAUUCCCCUAUAGUUUCUACAUUCUAAUUGAUCACCCUUUUUGUGUAGCGGGUUUUUGGCCUAACUACUGUUCUAUACAUCUUGGCCUUUGUUUCUGUCCGUAAAUGUCUGUUGCGCCAGAUAGUGUGUUUAAGACAUUCUACUAUUCUGUUAGCUUUGUUUAUUUGUUGGGAAACUUCCGCUUCUGUGUCUCCAUAACUGUGCAUUAGCACUCCCACGUAGCUGAUACUUCUUUGUUGUUGGAUUAUUUUGCUGCCCACUUUCAGCUUGCACCUCAUUGAAUCUUUAGAGAUUAACAUACUUGUUGUUUUAUUUGGUGAUAUUAUCAUGUUGAACUUUCCUGCUGUUAUAUUAAAUUGAUAUAAAAGUCUCUGAAGGUCAUCUUCACUCUCUGCAAUAAGUAUGGCAUCAUCUGCAGAGCCUACUAAAGAGAUAAUUUUUUCACCCAUUCUGUACCCUAUACUCAGGUUUUUGACUUUAUGAAUAAUUUCAUCCAUGAUGAGGUUAAACAGCAGCGGGCUCAAUCAAUCUCCUUGACGUAUACCUCUUUCCACUGGUAUCGACUGUGUUAGUUUGUUAUGGUGGUUCCUCCUUAUCUGGACCAUCUCAGAUAGUUGGGGGUUGGUUACCCCCUACUAUAGGGGUUGAUGAAGUAAACACUACUUACGGUAUAUUCAUUUAUUCACAAUUCGGAGUAACUACGGUAAAGAGUUGGUGGCUAAUAUAUGUUCAACCUCUGGGGUCUCAAAUAUCAAAUGAUGAGUCUUUACGCAAUGAAUUUAGAAUGUGGAAUUCCCUGUCUAUGUUUUGUAUAUAUAAAAGUGAAAGUGUUUGUAUUAUAAAUGCUGAAUCAGCUUGAUUAUAAAUAAAGAAUAAUAUGUGCCACUGAAAAGCUGACCUUGCAGUAUCGAUAACUGAUACACUUGUGUAGUAAUCUGGGUCAAUCAUGUGUAUGAAAACAAACGUAUUUGUUUACCAAGGACAUUUAAAUAUUAAAAGAAAUUGUCUUGCUCUUAAUAGGAUGCUUACUAACAAAUGCUGUGAAUCCAAAUACAUUGUUAUUAAUUCUGGCCUGUAUGUUAUUCCUGCUGUAUAUGUUUUCGAUAGGCUUGAUAAUAUCUGACGGUAUGUUUCGUUUAUACAGGGUGUCCAGAAACUCUACCGACAAACGAAAACAGGAGAUUCCUCAGAUAAUUUUAAGACAAUUUAACUCAAUUCAUCUAGUCCGAAAAUGCUUCCUAAGGGAGCUAGAGCUCUUUGAAGAUGGCGCCAUGUAAUUAGUUUUUCUUAAAUACCUCUAGAACGCUUCUAUUUAGAAAAACGAAAAUUGGUAUGCUUAUUUAGUUUCCAGAAAUGAAUCGAUUCCAUCGAUUGUGAAUUUUUAGUACCGGCCAUAGGCGUCCGUUUUGGGUAGGGCAACGGUUAUUUUAUCGCCUAACUUUUUUGUCUUUGGGAGCGUUCAAGUAUUACGUAACGCGAUUUUCGAAGAUUUUUUACCCCCCCCCCCCCACAUAACGCACUCUUAUGGGAGUUUAACAUUGGCGUAACGCAAUUUUUGAAGAUUUUUAACCCCCCCCCCCCACCUGCGUUACGUAAUACUUGAACGGCCUCUUUAAUUUUUAAGCAUUUUUGACGCUGAAUUAUUAAAUUGUGAGGUUUUCUAGUACUAAAAGGUACUCUUACUUUAAGUCGAUAGGAUACACCGUUUUCUAGAAAAAUUUAUUUGAAAAUUUUUCGUUCUGUGAAUUUCAAAAAAGAAGAAUAAAAAAAAUUAUUUAGAAAGAUGAAAACUGGUAAAUUUAUUUAUAUUCCAGAGAUUAACCGAUUUCAUUAAUGGCGAAUUUCUAUUACCGGUCAUAGGCUUCCGUUUUGGGUAGGUCAACAGUUACUUUAUAGCAUAACUUUAUUGUCUUUAAUUUUUAAGUAUUUUUGAGACUAGAUGAUUCAAUUAUGAGAUAUUCGAGUACUAAAAGUUACUCUUGCUCUUAGUUGGUAAAAUACAUCGUUUUUUUUAAUUUUUUUUCAAUUUUUUUUUCAAAUUCCCAAAACUAAAAACUUUCAAAUCGAUUUUUCUAGAAAACGGUGUGUCCUACCGACUUAAAGUAAGAGUACCUUUUAGUACUAGAAUACCUCACAAUUUAAUAAUCCACUAUCAAAAAUGCUUAAAAAUCGAAGACAAAAAAGUUAUGCGAUAAAAUAACCGUUGCCCUACCCAAAACGGACGCCUAUGACCGGUACUAGAAAUUCGCAAUAGAUGGAAUCGCUUCAUUUCUGGAAAGUAAAUAUGUAUACAAAUUUUCGUUUUUCUAAAUAGAAGCGUUCUGGAGGUAUUUAAGAAAAACUAAUUACAUGGCGCCAUCUUCAAAGAGCAUGGAGAAGAAUUGCCAGAGACAGGGGCGAAUGAAGGAUUGUUCUGAAGAAAGCUUUGGCUCAUAAAGAGCUGUAACGCCACUGAUGAUGAUCUUCAAAGAGCUCUAGCUCCCUUAGGAAGCAUUUUCGGACUAGGUGAAUUGGGUUAAAUUGUCUUAUAAUUAUCUGAAGAAUCUCCUGUCUUCGUUUGUCGGUAGAGUUUCUGGACACCCUGUAUAACAGGUGAAUUACGUCAUUCAGCUCUACACGGUCGAAUGCCCUUUGCAGAUCUAUGAAGCAACAGUAAGCCGGGACGUUGUAUUGUAGUGAUUUUUCCAUGACUCGCCUGACAACAAAAACUGCAUCGUUACAGGAUCGUCCGGAUCUAAAGCCUUGUUGUUCAUCUGCUAGAUCUAUUUCGUUGGUGAUUUUGUUGGUUAUGACUUUUGUGGUCAAUUUCAGAGCGGUACUAAGCAGGUUUAUUCCUCUGUAGUUUUCGGGUACCGUUUUAUCACCCUUUUUAAACAUUAAGGUGGUUGUGCUAGUACGCCAGCUGUUAGGUAUUGUAUGUCCCGAAAGAAUUUUUUGUACAAGUAUCCUUAGUUGUUCAGUUAAAGUGUUUCCAUCGUAUUUCAGCAUUUCGUUUGGAAUCUUGUCCGGUCCUGGAGAUUUACGGAUUUUCAGUUUUUCUAACGCAUUAGUAAUUUCCUCCGUUGUGACGAUUACAUUUUCGGUUGUUAUUUCUGGAGUUUCUGGUAAGGUCUGGUCUUUGCCUGCCUUAAUUGAGUGAGAUAAGCGGUCCAGGUAUCGACAUCUAUUUUGUUGGUUUCUGUUAAUUCGCUUAUUUCUUUUCUCUGCGUUCUAAUAAAUCUCCAUAUUUGCCUUUGCAGUCCGUAGAGUAGUCGGCUUCCAUUCUUGAUGAGAAAACCUGCCAGUAUUCGUCUUUGGUCUUCUUUACUAAUGCUUUAGUCUCGUUUCUUAUUCUUUAGUAGUUAUUGUAAGCUUCUGUUAUUGUAAGCUUCUGGUGUUUGUUGUGAUCUGUACCUUAAGUGGGCUUCUCGUUUUUCUUUACACUUUGUUUUGAUUUCUUGUCGGAACCAGGGCGUUUUGUUAGGUUUCUUGAGGUUUAUGUUUACUGUUCUGGUUCCCAACGCUUUACUUGCUGCCGAAUUCAGAUUAUCUUCUAGUUUUUUCCAUGCUAUUUCUAUGUUAUCUUCCUCCAAGAUUUUGUUUGCUUCUAUUUUGGAAGUUAGUCUUUUCUGAUAUAGAUAUCUGAUUGAUGGUUGCCACAUGCUUUCGAUGUUUAUUCUUUGUGUUUUCUCAACUGUUUGCGAUCUUCUUGUUUUCCAUCGGACUUCCAUUCGUAUUUUGCAGAUAAGCCGACUAUGGUCACUUACCACAUUCGCUGAGUUCGAGGUUACCACAUCUAAUAUUUGGGAAGGAUGUAUGUUCUUAUUUGUUGUCAUGUAGUCUGUAGUUGACUUCUGACCCCUCGCAUUGUCAAAUGUGUAUUUAUGUUGUUGUGUCUUGUGAGGGAAGUAGGUGUUAUUGAUGCGCAAUUCGUUGUAUGUGCAGACAUUGAUCAUUGACUCCCCAUUAUCAUUUAACACGUUUUCAUUAUAUCUCUGCUUAAUGUUUGGUAUGAUGUUCUUCCCAAUUCGGGCAUUAAAAUCUCCCAUCAACAAGAGACUGUCAUUUUUUGGGAUGUUGUCUAGGGUUUCUUGCAGUUUCUCAUAGAAUGCUUCUUUUUCCGCCUUUGGCUUACAGUCUUCUGGACUAUAUACACUUACUAUACAGUUUCAGCGAGAAAGUUUCGGAACAUUGCAUUGACCACAUGUACGGUUGAACUGCAUUUAACAUAGUGGACCAAUAUAAAACUUCGACACACAGAAAUCCAUACCAUGUUGAAAGACAUUGUGUAAAAUAUCGUUCAACUAUCUGUCUCCUUUGAGGAGGUGCUAUUAUAGCCCAUAGCGCCGCCCAAAGUCAAUGUUGCCAAGCGAUCUAUAAUAAUUCGAUUUGCGGAUCUUUUUGAAAGUUAUAUCUGCUUCAUGUCUUCGCAUAAAUCGGAUAUUUGUCUAUAUUUUUCAGUGUAACUACCAAUCUACUACAAAAGACUAAUAACAAAAAUAAACUUAAUGCUUAAUGGUUUGUAGUUAUUUCCCGUCUUUCCUGUAAACUGUAAAUAUUUUAUGGUUAAACGUUAUACCUUGUUUGAGAGAAAUAUCUAGAGAAAUGCGAUUGACAACACUGUCCAAACGUCUUACUGCUCAGAAAAGGAACGAGCUUGUCUAGACGUGCAAGUCUAGAGGAAGCGGUUUUUGGGCGGUUUUAACUAAGUCGUCAGUCAGGUUAGUUAGUCCUGCUUUUGCCCUUCGCAGUGUUACUAGCUGAAAAGUCCGUUGCGUGAAAAUAAAGUAAUUUCGUAAAUACAUUAAAAAUGUAUGAACUUGAGGCAAAAUUUCAAAUUUUAGCUUGGUAUUUUGGAGGUCACUCGAUUCGAGAUAUAGCAGAUAAUUUAUUCGUGUUCGUUUUGCGAAUAGGACGGCUCCUUCGAUUUCCACAGUCGAAAGAAUAAUUCAAAAAUUUCGCAGAUGUGGAUGUAUUCAAAACUGCCACAAGUGUAACAAUCUUGGUGAACCACCUAUUCGUCAAAAGAGUGAACAAUGUAUAAAUAAAGAAAUUAAUGUUUGUGGUGCUGUUGAAGCCAGUCAACCGUGUUCAAGCAGGGAAAUUGCUGAACAAGUAAAUUUAAGCCAAAUUACUGUUCGAGGUAUUUUAAAAAGGAAUGGAUAUCGAUGCUAUAAUUAAAGUUCAAACAACCCAAGAACUUUUUCCCGAGGACAAUACUAGACGAAUGGUAUUCUGUGAAGAGAUGAUGAACAAGCAAAAUGCUGACCAAAAUUUUUUAAAGAACAUUUUAUUUACUGACGAGUCGACAUUUUCUCUUCACAGAAAACACAAUUCAUCGAUUGUUCGGUAUGGGUCUCGAGAAAAUAAACAUUUAAGCAUUCCUGUGCGAACACAAUACCCGCAAAAACUUAAUGUUUGGUCGGGUAUUUUGGGUGAUUAUGUAAUAGGCCCCUUUUUUAUUGAGGGCAACCUCAACGGCACUAAAUACCUCGAACUGCUACAAAAUCAAAUUGUUCCGGCAAUUCAGCAACUUCCGAAUAUGAAUCUCGGAGAUAUUUGGUACCAGCAUGACGGAUGUCCCAGUCAUAAUACAAGGGCAGUUACCGAAUAUCUCCAAAGGACAUUUCCAAAUCGGUUAAUUGCAACAAACGGUACAAUCAAGUGGCCUCCAAGAUCAGCAGACCUCUCCCCAAA